UGUGCCCCAUCAAACCCUCCCCCUGCGCUGUGGGUGUGGUGGGAGGGGAGGACUUCGGUACAAAAACAGGGCAGCGGUGAGAGCUGACCCACCCACCAGCCAGGGCCAGGAAGGUAGUAGCUCCUGACUCUCAGCCUGCCGCUUUCCAGCUCCUCGUCUCCAGGUUCCUCCACUGCUCGCUGAUGUGACAGCAUUCCCUCUGUCCCCUUACACUCUGUUAUCUGCAUCCUUAACCGCUGUCUUGCCACAGUGUAAGGACUGGGGUAUGUUAUCCAGGGUAGAGGCCAUGAGCAUUGAGAAAGCCGUAGCAGGUGGGAACUUGCCAGAGCUGGUCUCUGCCGUCAGGGAGACUGCGAAGGUAGCGUUCAGGACACCAGUCAACGUUGCUGUGACAGGGGACUCCGGCAAUGGCAUGUCCAGCUUCAUCAAUGCCCUUCGGAACGUAGGACAUGAGGAGGAGGCCUCAGCUCCUGUCGGGGUGCUAAAAACUACCCAAACACGUGCCUGCUAUCUAUCUCCCCACUUCCCCAACGUGGAGCUGUGGGACCUGCCCGGCACAGAGUGUGCCGCCCAAAGCCUGGAGAACUAUGCGACGGAAAUGCAGUUCAGCCGAUAUGACUUCUUCAUCAUCAUCGCGUCUGAACAGUUCAACACGAAUCACGUGAUGCUUGCUAAAGCCGUGGAGGACAUGGGAAAACAGUUCUACAUUGUUUGGACCAAGCUGGCCAUGGAUCUCAACACAAGUGCCCUCCCAGAAGGGCAGCUACAGCAGAUUAUUAGGAAAAAUAUUCUGGAAAAUCUCCAAAAGAAACGGGUGUGUGAUACCCCUAUAUUCCUUGUCUCCAGCUUUGAUCAUUUAUCAUACAACUUCCCAAAGCUUAGAGACAUAUUGUGAGUGGAUCUCAUAAUAAAUAGGUGCCAUGACCUUCUUCAAAAUCUGUCCCAUACCUGUGACAUGGCCAUUAAUGAGAAAGUGAACUUCUUGCAGGACAAAAUAACCACAGAGUCUCUCCAGGACACCUGUGGCAUCUUAGACGCAGGUGACUUGGUUGCAUAUGUUUAGGCCUACCAAUUGCUGUUUGGGGUGGAUGAUGACUCUCUCUGGCAGGUGACACAGAGAAUGGGGAGGACAUUCGCAGACUACACAAACAUCAUGAAGUCCUGUUAUGUGGAAGGUCUCAGCAAAAGGGAUUUGAAACUGACUUGUAUGAGGUGUACAGUCUUGAGGGCAUUGCUUGGUCUUCUUAGCUACACCCCAUGGUUAGGUGACCGCAUCAUCCACUACUUCAGAAGAAUAAAACAAAGGUGUUUACUUGAGAUAGUUGCCGAGGACACCAUGAUGAUCCUAAGAAAAAUCCUAGAAGAAUCCA